AUGGCCUGGACUCCUCUGCUCCUCGCGCUCCUCUCUCACUGCACAGGGUCCCUCUCCCAGCCUGUGCUGACUCAGCCGCCCUCCCUCUCCGCAUCUCUGGGAACCACAGCCAGACUCACCUGCACCCUGAGCAGUGGCUUCAGUGUUGGUGGUUACUGGAUAGCCUGGUACCAGCAGAAGCCAGGGAGCCCUCCCUGGUUACUCCUGGAAUAUUAUUCAGACUCAGAUAAGAACCAGGGCUCCGGCCGCUUCUCUGGAUCCAAAGAUGCUUCGGCCAAUGCAGGGCUCCUGCUCAUCUCGGGGCUGCAGCCUGAGGACGAGGCUGACUAUUACUGUGCUACAUACCAUGGCAGUGGGAGCAGCCUUCAUUACUCACAGUGUCUCAGAUGA